AAUCGUCUCGAAGGGAGCCAACCACUCCCUCAAGCAAGCACUCUAACAGCAGCCUCAAGCUACCGGCUGACUACCGCGGGACUCAAUUCUGAAGAUGAAGGCCGUGCUCGUGCAUUCAGUCUCUCGGGGAGUGAUACAGACGCAUCGCGUGCUACGAGCAGUAGCGCGCAUAGCAGGAAAGCUAAACAUCAGAGCGUAUUGCCGAAGGCGUCAGCUAUGAAGCGUCCGACCCCUUUGCAGCGUACGCCCUCAUCAUCAGAGAAGUUGUCCAAUGGCCCUCCUCCUUCUGCCCCCCUACCUUCUCCACCGCCUUCAGCUCCGUUGGCACCUAGGCCACCGAUAAGCUCGUUACCAGUCAUCCCUUCUACCACCAGUAUUCCUUCUAAUUUGACUGCUCGCUCCCCGGGUAUAUCACCACGACCGCGAGCUAGCACUCUAUCUUCGACGACAGCACUGAGUUCAGCUAGGCUUGCGGCGUGGAUGGCUCCAAAAACAAACCCGGAAGAUAAACACGUAUCUGUAGAUGUCCAGACACUCGCAUCCGUGGAUGAACUUAGGAACGCGCUUGCCUUGCAGAAUCGAAAGUAUGCUCAGCUCCAAGAAUAUGCUGUCAGCAUCACCAAGAAAUUCGAGGACGAGAAGGGAUCUAUGGCCAAGACCAUUCAGAUGCUAGAGCGAGAGAUUCGAAAAAAGGUCAGAGAGAUAGAGGGUCUGCGCUGGCUCGUCAUACACAACGGUGGUGCCGAUGAUAUUGAUGCUGCAGCUAACCUGGCACGAGCUUCUUUGAUUACACUGGAUGAUGGCGAUCAACUCGAUAAUGCGCAGGCCAUGGACUCAAUGCGUGGUGAGGCUCCAUCCCAGAGCGCACAAUCACCGUCAGCAGUCAGAUCUGUGGAGCAUGAUGUAGGGAUAGUUACCCCCCUACUGCAGUCUCGGAGAGGACUUGGCUUUGAUUACCUUGAUCAGCCUAGUCCGUCUGGGGCAUCCCUGGAGCCACCUUCGCCAGAUUUUGGUAUCACUGCCUCUGCCUCGUCUUCGCACUCGUCUUUGUCCCUUCCGGUGCUGACUCCAUCGACGACCUCGUCCUUGUCAGCCAUCCCGGAGCAGCCACCAGGAGAAAUAAACCGAGCAGAACGCCAAAAAGCUAAAGAAGACCGGCGCGCUUCUCGAGCCCUGCGUCGGAUGUCAUCGUCAUCGAUGUCCUCGGCGGCAUCUGGAGCGCUCAUGGUACCUCCGCCGUUGCCGACUGAUCACACGUUCGACUCUCACCACAGCAUGGAAAAUGUACUGGACAAACUGCGUCCAUUUCGAAACGCUUGAUCGAGCUGGUAUGUACGAUAUGCGUAACGUAUUUCGUUAUAAAAUUCCUGACGGAUCAUACCAGACUCAGCGGCGCUCUGCAUGAUCGCAUCAAGUACUUCCGCUGUCAAACCAACCCUUCGGCACCUCUCCGCUCUUUUUCGACCACUUAGCUCAUAAUUCACCUCACAUUUUACGGUCAGGGACCAACUAGAAUUCAUCGUUCAAGGACUCAUCAUCAUCGCAAUUUACAACUCGCUCGGCAGGACGUCCACAGGAAAUUGUGAUACCUCCCAUCGUCGUUCACUUAUUCGUAUUCGCAUUCGCAUCUGCAUCUGCAUCCUUGGUAUAUCAUUGAUAUCCACCACAGUCGUUAUCCUCACACUCGCUUCGUUUUACAUACCUCUGAUCAGCAUAAGCUCAUACCACCUCUUCGGUCAU